AUGCGUUGCCACCAAGUGUUUCGGAUUAUCUUCUUUGCAUCAGUAUCACUUAGCAAUCCAGUGCCUUUGUAUACUUCGAAAGAAGCUCAUAAUGUCCCAGAUAUCUUCGACAAGUUAUUCAACACAUCCACAAGUUGCACUCCCUUCAGCGGGGGCAUAUACCAAGAGCUAUAUCAGCUCGAAUCCAAGAUAUCAGACAUGACAACAGGCAAGAUCAAACCAGUCUCAACAAUUGAAGAAGGCCUCUCAGUCCUUUCCUCAAUUCCACAUACCAAUGACCGAACAAGCCUCCAAAAUGCCAUCGACAUAGUAUCCCUAGGCCUAGUCCCAACAAAUAUCAUCGACAUCCUCAACGGCAUAACAAACUACAAAAUAAACUCCAUAGCCAACAACAACACAAAAGACCCAAGUCCACGAAUCCAUCCAACAAGGUCCUUCUCGGAUGCACCCUACGACAUCCCCGAAGAAACCCUCCGCAGCGCAAUCCACAUCCCCCCAAUCUUCUCCUACGGCAAAAACAACAAAACCCCCGUCCUCCUAGUCCCAGGAACCGCCGACCCAGCCGGCAGCACCUACUACUUCAACUACGCGAAGCUCUUCACGGCAAACCCACACACAGACCCAGUAUGGGUUAAUAUCCCGGGAAACUCACUAGGUGACAUCCAAAGCAACGCAGAGCACGUCGCAUACGCAAUAAACUACAUUUCUGGACUCUCGCAGCGUCCUAUCGGAGUGCUAAGCUGGUCACAAGGUAGCUUAGAUGUACGAUGGGCGCUGAAAUACUGGCCGUCGACACGAGCCGCGGUAAGCGAUUUCAUGGCUGUGAGUGGUGAUUUCCACGGGACGCUUGUUGCCACGCUCUGCGCGCUUGCCAAACCGUUUUGUUCGCCGGCUGUGCAGCAGCAGGGGUAUGACACCGGGUUUAUUCGGGCUCUGCGUGGUGAGGGCGGGGAUUCAGCGUUCGUGCCGACGACGAGCGUGUACUCUGGGAAUGAUAUUAUUGUCCAGCCUCAGGGUGGAGGAUGGGCUUCUGCGGCGCUGGAGGAUGUGCGUGGGGUUGGGGUGUCGAAUGUGCAGGUGCAGAUUGCUUGUGCGGGGCGUGCUGCUGGGGGGGAUUAUUCGCAUUCGGCUAUGUUGGUUCAUCCGUUGGCGUAUGCUUUGUUUGUUGAUGCUUUGGUUCAUGAUGGGCCUGGGCGAUUGGAGAGGAUUGAUCUUGGUGCUGUUUGUGGGGAGUCGAUUGCGCCUGGUUUAGACGUGAAUGAUUUUUUAGGGAUGGAGGCUGUGUCGAAUGUGGUUGGGGUGCUUGAUGUCUUGUUGUAUGGAUAUAAUAAUGGGAGUGAGGAGCCGCCACUUCGGGGCUAUGUUCAUCACUAG